UGUGUGUCACUAGCCCGGACGGAUUCCUCUCAUCCCGCAGCGUGUCAAGCGUGCUCGGCUGCGACAUGACCAGAGCCCCGCAAACCUGGCCAUUCAAACAUGGAGCUGUUUAAAGCGUUCAUUUCGGUGCUUUGGAUAUUUUUGCUCAACAGAAACGAAGAGUCCCGUGCAGAGGAAGUAGUCUUACUGAAUUCUAAGGAGUCCCAGGCCGAGCUGGGUUGGACGUCAUAUCCUUCUAAUGGGUGGGAGGAAAUCAGUGGCGUGGAUGAGAAAUACAAGCCCAUUCGCACAUAUCAGGUAUGCAAUGUAAUGGAGCCCAGCCAGAACAACUGGCUCCAGACGGGCUGGAUAUGGCGACAGGGCGGCCAGCGCAUCUUCAUAGAGUUGCAGUUCACCCUACGUGACUGCAACAGCAUCCCCGGCGUGUCCGGCAGCUGCAAAGAGACCUUCAACCUCCUCUAUGCCGAGUCAGACUGGGACCUGGGCCGCGUGGUCCGUGAGGACCGCUACAGCAAAAUCGACACAAUUGCGGCAGACGAAAGUUUUACGCAGGGCGAUUUAGGUGAACGUAAGAUGAAGCUUAACACGGAAGUCCGUGAGAUCGGACACCUCAACCGCAAGGGAUUCCAUCUGGCCUUUCAGGAUGUUGGUGCGUGUGUUGCGCUAGUUUCCGUUAGAGUGUACUACAAGCGAUGUUUGUCAACUGUGCAGAAUUUAGCCGUGUUUCCGGAUACAGUAGCCGAAGCAGCAUUCUCUACACUGGUGGAGGUGAGAGGGACGUGUGUGAAUAACUCGGAGGUGGACACGGACAGUCCUCCCAGAAUGCAUUGCAGUGCAGAAGGGGAGUGGCUAGUGCCCAUCGGGAAAUGCAGCUGCAGCUCUGGAUAUGAGGAGGGACACAGUAGCUGUGAGGCUUGUCCCCCGGGUACCUAUAAGAUGUCAUCACGCCAGCAAGAGUGUUUCACAUGUCCAGCUAACAGCAAGACUGAGGAGGAGGGUUCCGUGCUCUGUCUGUGUGAGGAAGACCACUUCAGAACGCCACUUGAUGCCCCCUCUGCACCCUGCACACGCCCCCCUUCUCCACCUCGUGAUCUGGUUUACACCCUUAAACAAUCCACACUCAUUCUGGAAUGGGCCCCACCAAAUGACUCUGGAGGCCGAGUAGAUCUUACCUACACCAUAGGCUGUCGGCGAUGUGUUGGCCCCCCGCGGGCCCCCCAGGUGCAGUGUGAGCCCUGUGGGGCCAGUGUGGGCUUCGUACCCCAGCAGAACAGCCUUAUGGAGCGCACGGUCACUGUGGUGAACCUGCUUCCCAACUCCAACUAUUCCUUCAGCGUUGAAGCCCGCAAUGGCGUCUCGGAGUUGCUGCCCAAUAAAAGGUUCUACACUCAAGUCAACAUUUCCACCAGCCUCCCAGCACCUUCUCAAGUCAGCGAGCUGCGAGCGGAGAAGGUUGAGCAGCGGAGUGUGACACUGGUUUGGAGAGAACCUGUUGUGUAUCCCAACAGCAGCCGCACUGAAUACGAGGUCAAAUACUAUGAAAAGGACCAGAAAGACCAGAGCUAUUCCACAGUGAAGACUGCUGCUACCAAAAUCAGCAUCAACAACCUGAAACCGGGCACCACCUACAUCUUCCUCAUCCGCACCUGCUCCAGUCCUGCCCUUUCUUCCCUGUCCUCCUCUCCUCUUUCUUCCUCUUCCUCCUCCUCAUCCCCCUCUUCCCCAUCUGCCUCUUCCUCCUCAAUCCCUGUGGCAGCUGUGUCGCCCUCACCACUCGACUACGGGGCGUACAGCACACCGCUGGAGCUGCAGACGCUGGGAGAAUUGGCUCUGGCCUCCAGUGAGCAGAGUCCCGUGGUGAUCAUCGUGGUGGUCUCUGUAGCUGCCCUCAUCAUGUUACUGACUCUCGGAGUUGGACUGCUCAUCUGGAGAAGUGGCUUCUCCAGACCCUCCAAUGUAGCUCCUUCUCGCGUGGUGCUGCUCUCUACCUCCUUCUCUACUCUUCCUCCUCCUCUUCCUCCCUCCACGCAGCUGUCUCCCAGACAAUGUGGUUACAGUAAAGCCAGCCAGGAGGGAGAUGAGGAGCUGUACUUCCAGUUUAAAAUCCCAACCAGACGGACAUAUAUUGACCCAGAAACAUGUGAAGAUCUGCUUCAGGCUGUUCACGCCUUUGCCAAAGAGCUGGACAUCUCUAGCAUCAAGAUAGAGAGGAUAGUCCAUACAGGAGACUUUGGGGAAGUGUGUCGGGGUUGCCUGAAGCUACCCAGCAAACGCGAGUUGCCCGUGGCCAUAAAGACCCUUCGUGCGGGCUGCUCAGAGAAACAGAGACGCUCGUUUCUCAGCGAGGCGGGAAUUCUGGGACAGUUCGAUCAUGCCAACAUUGUGCGUCUGGAGGGAGUCAUCACCAGAGGCAACACUAUGAUGACUGUGGUGGAGAGCAUGGCCAAUGGGUCACUUGACUCUUUCCUGCGGAAACACGAGGGUCAGCUGACUGUUCUUCAGCUGGUAGAUCUGUUGAGUGGAGUGGCAUCUGGUAUGAAGUAUCUGACAGAGAUGGGCUUCGUCCAUCGCAGACUUGCCGCUCACAAAGUCCUAGUGAACAGCAGCCUGGUCUGCAAAGUAUCAGGCUUCAGACCACUCCAGGAUGACAAGAUUGAGGCGGUCUACAGCACAUUACACGGAGGGAAGAGUUUGGUGCUCUGGACGGCCCCAGAGGCCAUUCAGUACCAUCGCUACAGCUCAGCCUCUGAUGUAUGGAGCUUUGGUAUUGUCAUGUGGGAAGUCAUGUCCUUCGGGGAGAGACCGUACUGGGACAUGGGCAACCAAGACAUAAUUAAAGCUAUAGAGGAUGGGUUCCGGUUACCCGCUCCUGUGAACUGCCCGCCGUCUCUCCACCAGCUUAUGUUGGACUGCUGGCAGAAGGAGAGAACAGAGAGACCCACCUUCACCCAGAUCCAUAGCGCUCUCAGCAAGACCAUCAGGAGCCCAGACAACAUCGGCUCCUCCACGCUGGGACGCCGGACUCUGGGCUCGUCUGUAUCACUAGCAGAACGAACUCUUCCCUCCUUUCCUUCGUUUAGUUCAGUUGGUGAGUGGUUAGAAGCUGUAGACAUGGGCCGCUACAAAGACAACUUCACUGCUGCGGGAUACUGUUACCUAGAGUCAGUGGCCCGCAUGACUGUUCAGGAUGUGUUGAGUCUCGGCAUCACUUCUCUGGAGCACCAGAAACAGAUCCUGUCUGCCAUACAGACUCUCAGAGCACAGGUUAUCCAGAUGCAUGGUCGCGGAGUCCAGGUCUGAUACACACACACACACACACACAAACACACACACACACACACACACACACACACACACUCUUAACCACAUACUCCAGACCCUCAGCAGUGCCAUGGCUUAAAGAGGACAGACACAUUGACAUCUAUUGUCAUAAUUACCCAGCAGGCCAUUCAACAGUCAGGAGGUGAUCAUUUACUUACUGCAAUGGCAGUAUUCUUCCUAAUCUUUCCCUUUUGCCUCUUCAUGAUCUUCUUUUUUGGUGAAAAAUGGUUAUUUACAGUACUUCCACAAACCAAGUUCCUUUUUUUGAGAGACAGUAUCACAAGAAGAGAGAGUUCCUUUAAAAUAACUUGUGUGCCGAUUUUGCCUGUUUUUUUCUUCCACUGUCCAACAAUGACAUUUACACAGCUCUGCCCCUUUUAAUAGGACUUGUGCUUAGCACUGUCCCCACACCCCCCCCAACCAACACUGACCUGGAGCAGGGCAGUUUGACUUGGACUGAUCCCAGUGCAACCAAAAGGGGUAUAUGUCAGUUUACUUAAACCAGGCAAAAGAACUCAUGCAUUAUAGCCACUGUUACUCCUGUAAAGUGGACAAAACCAAGAGCAUGUUGCCAAGUCAUGGACCUUUCGCUCCUCAGUCCAGGAAAAGAUCUUGCCGAAUCUUCAGGAAAUAAGUCAACUACUGAUGUAAGGAAUCUUAAAUAAUAAUAUGUAAAUCCCAGCUUUUUUUGUGUGUAUUCUUUCAUUUGACUACGUCUGAUUUUUCAUGUUUACUUUUUUCUUUUCACUUUCUCCUCACAAAUAGCUUAAACUCUCUGUUUUGAACCAAAUUUCAGAGUUUAAUUUAGUGUUGUCUGACAUCUAUAUUCUAUAAAAUUUUUCCUUGUGCUUCUGUCCUCACUGGACAAUGUUUACACUGCAGCUUCCAUGACUUAAACUUAACAUAUUUAUUAGAGAAUUUAUUUAUGUUUACAGAUGCUUGCUUACUGGAGCUCAUUUUGGAAUAUGAAUCCAGAAAUAGUAUGCUUAAAGGGAUCUUCCAACCAAAAAAAAUGAACAUUCUGUCAUCAUUUACUCAUCUUUGUGUUGUUCUAAACCCAUUUGAUUGUCUUUUUUUCCCUUUGGAACACAAAAGGAGAUUUUAGGCAGAAUGACAACCUCAGUCACCAUUUACCAUUUACUUUUUUCCAGUCUAUGGAAGUGAAUGGUGACUGAGGCUAACAUACUGCCUAACAUUUUUGUGUUGAGGUUGAGCAAAUGAUGACAGAAUUUUCAUAACUGGGUGAACUAUCCCUUUAAAAAGAUGGCUAGGGAAACAUAGCACUGAAUCUGGACAUUCUGUCGUCAUGUCAUCAAAAUGCUACUUAAUUUUGUUUGUGUAUUUUAUUGGGGUUUUUUUCUGCACUUUGAAAGGUUGUCUGUGAGUGAGCGGAUGUGAUGGGGGUUUACACACACAUACACUUGCAGACUUGCAUUACCCGCUGCAGUGGCGGUUGUCUGAUUAUCUCAGACAUGUGUAUUACUUGAUGCUGGCAUUUUGUACAACACAAGUUGUUGUUCUUUAUGUGCUAGUGUUAUUUAAUUUAGACUAUUACAUUUCGCUGUGUGAAGCGAGCGUGUGAACAAGCCUUGAUUGGAAACUGAAAAUCUGUGUUUAAGCAGUACUGAGAGAAACCCUAAUUCAGAACAUUAACGUUUUGAUCGUAGAAUCAGAUCGGUUCAAAUCACGUUCAUAACACAUUAGUCAAUCUUUUUGUUACAAACUCAAUUGUGCAAAACCAAUGACAGGCUUUUUGUUUUUCCCAUAUUAGUUUGUUCUUGGUUUUUAGAAAAUGGAUUAUAAAAGGUUUAGGAACCUGGCUUAGGAGCUCUUUUUUCUCUCAUUCCCUGCAUUUUACAAAUACAAAAAUGGAUUCAGAAAGAGAGACAUAUUUAUAAUUUCUGCAGCCAUAUCUUAUAAGGAUAUGGCGAAUUCCAAAUUAAUAAUCACUUCAAAUUCUAAAUGACAAAGAUAUACUGCACUGCACUGUUUAACAGCCCUUUACUGUUUUCAUAACUGAAUAAGACUCGAUUCCCCCUUUGCAUUGAGUGUAUCAUUCUGAUCUGUUUGAUACUGUAAAUAUGUAUUUGAAAAUGCAAUCUAUUUUUAUAAUUUGUUUGAAUAAUAAUGUGUUGAAUGAGAUCCUCUCACUGUGUUAAAGUGAGUUAUCAUUUGAAUUAGGUGAGUAGCGAAGAAACUCAGUUGUUUGAAAUAAUCAAAGUCUUUUGUUUUCAUUUUGCUUUUUGGUUUGGAAUUUUCAAUGAUUUUUACCUGGUAGAAAAACAGAUUGCUGUUACAAUAUUGAAACAUGUUAUUAAAAAAAUACAAUACAGG